CACUACUAUAUAACAAAUAAUUUGAGAUUAUGCACCCUUACUCUCACAAUGUUUGCUGCACGUCUCUGUUCCCGUAUUGCCGUAGCUCGGCCCCUGAUCCAGCCCCUGGCUACCGUACAAUCCCUUAUGGUGAGAUCUCUCCAUUCCUCUCCCGUCUGUCAUGACGAGAGUUUCGAACAGGCUGCCAAGUUCAUCGGAGCAGGAUGUGCUACAGUUGGAGUAGCAGGAUCCGGUGCUGGUAUUGGUACAGUGUUCGGUUCCCUGGUAGAGGGAUACGCCAGGAACCCCUCCCUCAAGACCCAGCUCUUCUCCUACUGUGUCCUGGGGUUCGCUCUCUCUGAAGCUAUGGGAUUGUUCUGCCUCAUGAUUGCCUUUAUGAUCUUGUUCGCUUUGUAGAGAGUAUGGUGGUGCUGUUUUUAUAAAUUAUAUAAGUUAUAAUUAAGUGGUGAAAUGGUAGUGGUGACAUUGGCUUUGUUUCGGAAUAUUUUCAUAUUAAGGGUUGGAAUUUAUGCUCAA